UUUGAAAUGUACCCGGAUGUUGUGGGUGUCAUCACCAUGCGCGCGUGUUCACCCUCUCGCCACACACGUGAACUGCGAUAGGAGGAAGGAGACGUCGGAGAAGCCAUGUCCAAAACUAAACAAAAACGAGCCAAACGUCUCGGCUUCCUCGAGAAGUUUAAGUCUAAAGACGGACAAAAAAAUGCCGCUGCUUCGGGGCAGACAUCACAUGCCCGACAACCAGAAGAAAUCCGGAAGCAAAGGCUUCAGGAACUCCAGGACAGGCAGAAAAUCUCCAGAGAACAAGAUCUGAUGAAGAGGAGGAAUUUGCAAAGCUUUCAGAAUGACAUUGUGCAGCGACAGAGGGCGUUCGAUCAGAAGGAGAUGGACAUGCAGAGCUUGGAGAAGAAUGUCAAUUUCGAAAAUGAGAAUUCGAGAAAGACAUAUUACAGAGAAUUUAAAAAGGUAGUGGAGGCCUCAGAUGUGAUUUUGGAGGUUUUGGAUGCACGUGACCCUCUUGGCUGCAGAUGUCCUCAGGUGGAGCAGGCAGUCAUUCAAAGUGGAAUGAACAAGAAGAUAGUUUUAGUGCUUAAUAAAAUUGAUUUGGUGUCAAAGGAAAUCGUGGAAAAGUGGAUUAAAUAUCUCCGUAAUGAGUUCCCCACAGUAGCUUUCAAAGCAUCUACUCAACAACAGAACAAGAACUUGAAACGCAGCAAUGUACCAGUGACGCAAGCCACCGCGGAGCUGCUCAGUACCAGUGCUUGUAUCGGCGCCGACUGCUUGAUGAAGCUUCUCGCCAACUACUGCCGCAACCUAGACAUAAAGACGGCGAUCACCGUCGGUGUUGUCGGAUUUCCUAACGUGGGAAAGAGUAGUUUGAUCAACAGUCUGAAGCGGGCGCGAGCGUGUAAUGUCGGCGCCACUCCCGGCGUCACCAAGUGCCUUCAACAGGUGCAUCUGGACAAACACAUCAAGCUUUUGGAUUGCCCCGGCAUCGUCAUGGCGACUUCAACGACUGACGCGGCAAUGAUUCUCCGCAACUGUGUGAAAAUCGAACAGCUCGUAGAUCCUCUGCCGCCCGUUGAGGCCAUCCUUCGACGCUGCAACAAGGCGCAGAUCAUGGAGCACUACGGGGUUUCAGACUUUCACACCGCUCUGGAGUUCUUGGCCAUGCUUGCUCGACGGCAAGGCAAACUGAGGAAGGGAGGACUGCCAGACUCAGACAAAGCUGCAAAGAGUGUGCUAAUGGAUUGGACAGGUGGAAGGAUCAGCUACUUCACACACCCUCCAGAGACACACACCCUUCCCACACACGUCAGCGCUGAGAUUGUCACAGAGAUGGGUAAAGCGUUUGACUGGGAUGAGCUGGAAAAAGGAAACCGGGAGGUUCUUGCAGAAUCCUCUUGUCCUGAUAUCCAAAUGGGAUUUUGCAUGGAAACCACUGGAAUGACAGAAGGUGGCCCGGUUGAACCACCGUCUGAACUGGAAGUGGUCGGGGGGUUCUUGGAAGAGCCGGAAUUUGAAGACAAAACUGAAUCUAUGGAGGAUGGCAAGGACCUAGAGUUUGGACCAAUGACAGUGGAGAUAAAAUCUCAGAGGUCAAAGACUAACUCGCGUGCAAAGGAUGCUGCAGCCAGGCCUCCAGAUUUGAAGGAUAUCUUUGAUGUAGAUCCUCUACAGCAGGGUCAGGCACUCCGGGCUGCCGGCAAGAAGAGGAAAAAGCAGCAAAAAAGAGCUGGUUUGUAUGAAUAUUGGUCUCAGCCAAAUGCUAUUUAUAAUGUUGUCUGUGGUGUGAUCAUGCUAGGACUUCUUGAAACACACUAUUACCCUAAUCUGUGAAAAAGUAAAGAAACAAAAUGACUCCACAGCCUCAUGUUAGUUUGGUUGUAAACGGGCCAACAAGGCUCAUUUUCUCUGUUCUCAUUGAAACAAACGGCAUUCAAGGCCACCCGAGAUUUAGAGGGAAUGUAAAACCCUGCAAGCCUUAGACGUGACGGAGACCUCUAUUCCUGUGUAAAAGGUUUUAUUGGUCUGUAGUUUAUUUAUUUCCACCUCCCAUGUAGCAGAAGAUCAGCAUGUAAUCCCACACACAUAAAGGCGAGCUUCUGUUAGGAGUAAUGCAUUUUCACUCUACCUUACACUAAUGUUUAAUCAUGCAAAAUUAAACUAAUAUUUGUUUUGGUUUUCUCUGCAGACAAAAUUGCCACCAAACUCUCCGACACCUUGACAGCUGCAAUGGACUUCUCAUUUUCAGAUGGCUGAUUUUUUUUAAAUAAAAAGAUUAAAUGAAAAACAUUA